GUAGACUUUAUAAGCAAAUCUUAUAAAGUAUGAUAAAUAUAUUGCCAUAUGUGUAACCAUGCUUACUUUUUUAUCUUAGUAUCAUAAUCUCUGCACAAAAAGUCUCAUUAAAGUCUCAUUUGUUCAGUGUUCUUUAAUUCAUCAAAGUAUUAUUUUUGCCCUUCUUCAAUCUUAUAUUUGCAGGAAAGCUAAGCACUAAUAUAUUAAAUAGGGACAAUCUUUAUUACCUUUUUGUGUUACUUUAAGUUUAGGACUUCAUUACUUUAUUUUGUGCUUCAUACUACUGAUUAUUUUCUGAGGGUAUUUUGCUUCACAAUCAAACCUAAUACUACUGAUUAUUUUCUGAGGGUAUUUUGCUUCUCAAUCAAAUCUAAUACUACUGAUUAUAAAUUGAAUCUGAUUUAAUAAUAGUAUUGAAACACCUAAUCUGAUUCUCUUUGAGUGACAUAUUAGUAUUGUGUGAUUAAUAUUUAAGUAUAUGUAGUUAAAAGAAGUAUAAUGAAAAGACUUAUUUAUUAAUAGAUUUUUAAGUCAGAAUAUAUUAAUUUUGUUAUUUGGAAGGCCUUUCUAAUUAUUAUGUUUCUUAAACAAUCUUUCCAAGGCAAUCACUACCUCCACCAUUAAAGUAAGAUGUGUACGUAGGUAUGAAGGGGUUCCAGAGGAUAAAAAUGAUAACAGCCUAGAGUGUGUUUUGCAUGAUAAUGCGGUAUGAUCUUUUUUCUACCAAACAACUAUGCUUUUAUUGUAAACUAAAUGGAACUAAUUAUUAAUGUCUGUUGUGUUACAGGAGACAAGAAUCCAAGCAUCAUUCACUAAUAACAUUAUGCAAAAGAUGGCCUCUCCACUUAGGGAAGAUGGUGUCUUUUUAUAAAAAAUUUCUUGGUGUAGAUUAACACUCUUAAAAACAAAGCAACAAGCCACCAAUUUAGGCUGGUAAUGAAUAGCUACACUGAGAUGUUUGAGGUCAAAGAUUUGACUUUUCCUAGAAUGAUGUUUUCUUUCAAGCCAUUCCCUGAAAUUUCACAAAUGAGACACUAUGACGAAACAUCCUUUUUUGGUAAGAAUUUAAAUUCUAUGUUGUAAUAUGUUUGUUUUUAAUACUCAUUACAUAGGUUGUUUCUGAUUACUUAUUUUACAGAUGUUAUUGGUGUCAUCACUAAUCCAGGAAGAGUUCUCAAUCAAUCUAAGUAUAGGCUUAUUGAGAUUGAAAUUAGUGAUGAACAGUAAGUUGUAUCAAGAGUUGUAAAUUAAAAUUCUGUACUACAAUUUGUCUUAAAGUUAAUACUUUUUUUUGUGUGUACAAGCAUAAUAAAAUCUUUUGUACAAUUUGGGAAUCAAAUGUUGAUUCUUAUCUCUCUGAUUUCAGAAAGAGUGAAAGAACCAUUCCGAUUGUUAUUGUUCAAAUUUGCAAGCCUAAUUUAUUUAGAGGUUUCAUUUCUCUAACGUUGUUCUCUUUGUUGUUUGUUUUUCUUCUUUGUUUAUCUGACAUAAGUUGUAUUAAUCAAAUGUGUUUUUAUUUAUUAGGCGAAAUGAGAAUAUCUACACACUUUCAAGCAUCAAAUGUUCUAAUUAAUCCAAAAUUAGAUGAAGUUACUGAUUUUAGGAAAAGGUAUAAGCUAUUAGCAGUAAUAUAGUUCUCACAGUUUUUAAAAUGAAUAUGUUUUACUACAUUUAUUAUCUUAUUGUCAACUGAUUUUGGAUGAUAUUUAUAUAAGAUUGUAGGUGAUGAGAGAUUUAUUCACUAUGGUUCUUUGGGUCCUGUUGGACCAAAGAUUAGCAAUGAGUUUGAUAAUCCUACAGUGAAGUCCUUGCAGGAUUUAGAAUGUCAAGAGGUAUUUAAUACUUCUUUUUCCAACUGAAAUGAAAAAGUUUACCUUGACUUAUUUUGUUAAUUAUACUGUCUUACAUAAUAUUAGUUCUUUUCUGCCAUUUAUUCGCAGGAUGGUUUAUAUUGGGUUUUUGGAAAGAUUGUAUCUGUGGAAUCACAUUAUGAUACAUGGUAUUACAUGUCAUGCAAGACCUGUUUUAAGAAGGUUGAAGCAGAGGAUAAUAAGUUUAACUGUUCACUAUGUAAGAGCAGUUAUUCCCAUGCUUAUAGAAGGUAUAAAUUUAUUGUCAAUAUUGUUGAUGAUACAAGCAACACUUCACUUUUAGUGUGGGAUAGGGAGGGGAUCCAACUGAUAGGAAAAAAGGUUUAUGAAUUUGUAGGGGAUGAUAAUCAGGUUUUGCCAAUGGAGGACAUUGCUAAAGAAAUUGAAAAGAAGCUGGUGGGGCAGAGUAUGUUGUUCAAGCUCCAAUUCAGAAAUCAGUUGGAGUAUUACAGAUCUUAUCCCAAAAUAAUUAGAGCUAAAAUAGUGAAAAAAUGUCUAUGUGAGAUAAAACUAUUAGAUUUCUAUUCAAAGUCUCGGUUUCAAUCACCAACCUCUUUUUCAAAUGAUAUUGCAUCUCAAUUGGAUGUAAGCAUUGAAGAAGUUAAAGACAUAUGUAAAGACAAGAUCAGUGAAAUCCCAUCUGGAAGCAUUGAAGAAGUGAAAGACAUGUAA